AUGCCGCCCUCUGCUACAAUAGAGAGCCGUCUUUUGGUCUCGCCACAGGCUGACAAAGAUAACAACACUGUUUUUGGAGAUUGGCGAUCAACAGGCAAUGCAGAGGUGCUGAUCCUUGAGGCAUGGGGGGAGGGCUUCAUGUUUGGCGCCCUCUUAAUCAUGUCCGUGAUUACUAUUGCGAAUAUGAGACGAAAGGUUUUAUUGCACAAGUUGAUCUUGCUUGAACUUAUCUUAGCUAUGAGUCAUGACACGUUUUGUUUCAUGUCUUUCAGAGGUUAUGGGUGGUAUCUUUCAUCCACAGCCGCGCUCUUAUACUGCUCCUACUUCACACAUAAUGUUAUUGCGUGGAUGAAAAUUGCACCCUUCUUUUCUGGCCCUCAAGUCUUCUUUGGACCCACUUUUUGCAACUGGGUGAGGUGGAUAUACCUCACCACACUUGCUAUGUCGGCUCCGGUCCUAAUAUUUCAGAUGUUUAACAACUUUCGUUUCUUCAGCAACACUUCCAGACUCUAUGAGCAUGUACGACCAUAUGAGACGUUACUUAGAGAUCCUUGGUGGUUGUUCAGUUGCUUAACACUGAUUUAUAUGAUUCAAAGGUGCUAUUCCUUGAAUAUUGUGAAGGUGGUAGCUCAGUAUCCACGGUUUAGCAUCCUUUUUGCAGCAAUGUGCAUGGCACUCGCGUUUACUAUCAUGGAUAUUCUUGCAAGCAUUCUACCUAGCCUGAGCAUUACUUACGGGAUUAAUCCUUAUUGGAAGCUUGCUCUCGUCUUCAGGUGCCUUACCGAUAACAUCAUGCUAGACAAUUUUCAAAGUGUUCUCCAGCAACUCCUGGAAGACUCAACCACUAUGCAGUGCACAAUGAACAUGUCCUUACAUGAUGCUGAUCAUUAUGGUUGA